AUGUUUCGUAGCAAGAAAAAAAAUGUCGGUGGUCGCAAGCGGCGUGACGUGGGUGCGGACAACCAGGUUUCCGCUGCAUUUGACGAUAUCAAGAAGUCACAUAGUGAUGAAAACUUAACUCUUGGUGACUCUGAAGCGAUUAGAAGUGAUCUUCACGUGCUAGAGAAUCUACGUCACACUCGUUCUCGUGCUACUAAAACCACAAUGACAUUUAGCUCGAAAAGUAUGAGUGCGGAAGCAAGUCGAGGGUCUAUCUAUAGUGGUGAAGUUUCUGCAGAGAUAAAUGGACUGUUAAGUUUUGCUGAUGAAGAGCAUUCAGAAAAGAAGAAGCAAAAGAAGAGAAAGAUGCGACCUAAUUUAGUGGCAUCGAGCACUGUAAAUGGGGAGAUGGAAGAGGAUCCACCGCGUCAAUAUUCAGCUGAAAUGUUGUCAUCAUUGCGUAACGAGCAGAGUGUAACCAAUAACGAGUUACAAAUGGAUGUAAAGAUGCACGAGGUUGAACAAGAAAGUGAAGCAGAGAUGGAGCAUCAGAUGUUAGAAGAGGAAGAAGAGGAUUUCAUUGCACUUGAUAAAGGAAAUAAAAAGACGCGACAUAGCACAAAUCGUGUGACUUUUGGCGAGCAAUUGAACGAUGAAGAGAUCCCAAACAUGGAAAUUACAGAGGAAUUGUCGGAGGAGGAGGAUCAAAAUAUUAAAUGGGAAGAAGAGCUGAUGCGCCGUGGUGGACAUGGCGUGUCGUCUGCGCUAGAGUCUAAAGAAUGUCAUUCCUUACCUAUUUAUCCCACAAGAAAAAAGGUGACAUGUGUGACGCUGGGUAGUGUGCUUGGUAAGCUGGAAAGAAAUCUUGAGACGUCAAAAGCAGAAAGCGAGCGUGUUUCGCGUGAGCUUGUGCGCCUGAAAGCUGAAAAAGCGUUGAUUGAGACGACAGUAGAGAAGCAGAAAGAAGAACUUGCUGUUAGUAGUAAAGAAUUUGAAUAUUUUCAGAAAAUUGAAGACUUUGUUAAAGGCUUAAGCUUUUGCUUGCGUGAGAAGCUGCCUGUGAUACAAGCAAACGAAAAACGAAUUUUAGACGAGCGCGUGAAACAAGUAAAGACAUGUCGAGAAGAGGAGAAUCAUGGUAUUCAGGAAGAUCUUAACUUGUUUUUGCACUCGGGAGUGCUGCAGCAAAGCGAUAUUUUUGGCCUAAAUCACGUCGAUUUGCUCGUCAAUGGUGACGCUGCAUCCAAUGACACAAAGCAUGCCGAACGUAUGCACAAGUAUCGACAGCAUUAUAUCGAGACCGACAAAGCUGAUCCACGUAACGAAGAACAAGAUUUUUUUGCUGAUACGAUUGAUGAACUCAACUCAAUUGAACGGGUGUAUGGACAAUUUCAAGAGUGGAAAGCUACGUUCCCAGAAGUAUACGAAAGCACAUACUGCGAGCUAGCACAAGAGAAGCUGCUUGCUCCGUAUGUUAAGGCGGAGCUACUUUAUUGGGAUCCACUGCGUUCGGCCAGCGCUGAAUCAAAAAAGUCAAUUGACGAGUUCUCGUGGUUUCGUGUCCUGAAACAGCAUGUGCAUCAACCCAGUCAGAAUCACGAUACUAUGGAUGGUCUGAUUAUUUAUCAAGUUCGCGAUGUCUUACUUAAAAAAGUGAUUGAUGCAGUAUCGAGCUAUUUUGAUCCAUACUCGAGUCUUCAAGUACGUAGUCUGUUACAGGUGCUGGAUGAUGUUCGACGAUAUGGGUUUUCUGUUUACGUCGAAGAUGCACUAAAUACGAUCAUCAAAGCUGCACUAGAAUCCUUUUCGCGUGCUGCGAAUUGCACAGUGCUUGUUGCCAUCGACCAAAACAUUGCCACGUCUCACGACAAUGUCAACGUUUUAGCUCGUUAUCUGUUGGAGCGAUUUAAUACGUUACUGGACAAUCUUCUAGACCUCUUUGUUGGUCUUCCUAAAGGACCGAUUGCAAGUGCAGGUUUUCGCUGCUUGCUGAAACGACUUCAUCAGCUCCUUGCGUACGUUCAAUUUUGCCAAAAAAGUGAAAAAAUGCAGCAAAUUGCAACAGCUACUCAGGUUGUAAGACAACUAUCUGGAUCAUCCUACUUACAUCAGUUAUUAUCAGAACCCAGUCAGGAACGCGAAUUAAAGCACAUCAUGACGCUAUUUACUCCAUUUUUACACAUCUCUGGCAGCGAGUUUGAAUAA